CGUCUUCGGCCACUGGAAGCCAAUGAUAUUGACCAACUUGUAAGAUCAAACGGGGGAUGCACCGCAGCUGUGGAUAUGGAGCCGCUGCAAAUGUGGUCCUCAAAACGGCACGAGAGCGCUGAGGAAUACAUAGAGACCUUGUCUCGAAUCAAUGGAUACCUCAGAUUAGAGAUUACCUUCUAUCGGGAAUGCUUCCGGCAUGCGGAGGUCUUCCGGGAUACAGUGACACAAAUAUCGCAGGAGCUACUUCAUCAAUCUAUCAUUAGCCUAAUAGCUGACAUCUCUCUCAACGACAUCAGGGACAUUUCACGAUCAAUUUGCACGGCGGUGGACAAUCUCCAAGCGAAACAAAAAGUUACACUACAGAAUUACGUUUCG